AUGGGGCCUUAGAAGUAUGCCAGGUUCUACACUAAGACCAAGCAUAUCCUUCAACGUCCAGCGGAUAGCAUAAGUCACGUUUUGGGGAGGUGGGUGACAAGGGAGAACUUUCUACUGGGCGGUUCUGGACUAGACACUAGAACCCAGAGCUGAAUAAAUUAAGAGGAAACAUCAUAGCCAGCUAUGCCGGCAUGCAGCAGCCACUUAACCCAGAACUGGGCCAGAGUUGAGCCCUUCCUCUAGAACUUUGCUGCAGACUUUGGCAGACUUCAGUGUCCAAGUACAGUGCCCAGUACAGUAGCAAGUAAACAAAGAAGGCACUGUACUGCAGAACAUCCUCUCGGCGGGUUUACUCCCCUGCUCACACAGAUUUUGGCUAUUUUGAGAGUAGGCACUAAACUCUAGCUUUCCCCUCCUGGGAGGGUCCAGGUAGCCCCUGAAACUGGAGGUACUCCGCGUGAGGUGUUAAGAAGACCUGCUGGUUUUGGGAAUGACAGAGCACACCUCACCUCAGAACUGCCGAAGGCCAGAGAGCUAAACUAGGGCAGAGAGAAUUCUACAGUCUUCAGUGGUUUUGAGGUAGAUUUUGGCUGUGUAAGGUGUACAUCCAAUUGAUCAUCAAGACUGGACAGUCAGUUGAGGUGAUAGUUUAACAGGUGAAGCAGCAAGAUGGGCCAGCUUGGUGGUAUUUGGAACUUGAAGCCAUUUGUGUCAAGGUAUCUGGUGAUACAAAAAUUAAGGAACGAGCAAUGCCCCCUCUGGCCACCAUCCAACCCAAAACUGCAAGACAAAGUCAGCUUCCUGGGGGAAGCUCCAGCAUGGGUGUGUCUGCCUCCAGCCCUCAGCUGCUCAGGGUGCAGGCCCUGGGGAGGACUGAGUCACAGCCGCGCGCCUGGAGAGGCUCUCCUCAGCCUCCUGCUCCUCAGGCGUUGGUACAGAAGAUGCUUUCGAAGAGAGUCAAGGCCCACAGGACUGCCCACGGGCGUGGUAUCACUCUGAGCCCUGUGGCAGCCUCAGGUCCACACGCCCUAGCAGCUGUGUCAUCUGGCUCAGCGAGGCUCUUGAUCUCCAGCUUGCAUACAGCGCAUACUGAGAAGUCGAAGAAAUCUUUAAGGGUGAGAACUCGAUCUGGACGGGUAUCCCGGCCUCCCAGGUAUAAAGCCAGAGAUUACAAAUUCAUCAAGACUGAAGACUUAGCAGAAGGGCAUCUGUCAGAUUCCGAUGACUAUUCAGAGCUGAGUGUGGAGGAGGAGGAGGAGCUGAGGGAGAAGCCAGCUUUCCUUGACCUUGAAGUCUGUGCCCUGAGGCCCAAGGCCUUUAAGUGUCAGAUGUGUGAGAAGUCAUACAUUGGAAAAGGGGGGCUGGCGAGGCAUUGUAAGCUCAACCCAGACCACUGCCAGCUGCAGCCUGAGGCCUCACUCUGUGGGAAAGCUAAUGGGAGCCCGACCCUGGGCUGCACGGACUCAAAGACCAGAGGCCUGGCUUGCCUGAAACAGUCCACACCAGCUACUCACUGCAUGGAAGAGGCAGGGUCAGCUUGGCCUACCCUACAGAAUGGUGAGCCUGUCGAAGUUGAAGAAACACUGGUACCUGAACCACAAAAUAGAAGUCCCUCAGCUCUUCUGAGACCAGAGAAGUACCUAAAACCUAAAAGUGGAAAUUGGGAAAGCCAGGCAGAAUUCAGCACAGCCAGCCUCCAGGAGAGCAGAGCAGUCCAGCCAAACAGCCACCCUGCUGGUCCUUCAGGGCUGAAUGUGUCCAGGGGAGCCGAGCUCCGGGAGGCGCUCAGGCAGUGUGGCCGGGAGGAGUUGCUGGGAUUGGUGCUACCUCAGCUGGCUCAGGCGGUGACCCUGUAUGAACUCCUUCUGGUGAAGGUUGAGAAAAGUCCCAGGACGAAGCCUUUCUUUCCUGCUGUGUACAAAGAGUUUGAACAGCUGUAUGACGUGGUGAAGAGGAUGUGUCAGGAUUACCUCAGCAGCUCUGGUGCAUGCUCUCAGGAGCCUCUGGAGAUAAACAACGAUGAGGUUGCCAGGUCCUUGGGAAUCACAGAAUUCCUGAGGAAGAAAGAGACACCUAAGUGCUCCAGCCAGGAGACGGAGGGGAAGCUGGAGGAAGGCAGUGGACGGAAGAGAGAGAGGGAGCUGGGCGCACUGGCCACAGGGGAGGGGCUGGCCACGGUGAAAAAGCCCCGAACAGUGGCUUUGCCCACAGAUGUCCCUGAGUAUCUUCCCUCCACCAAUGGAUGCCAGCAGAAGCCUAGGUCCUCACGUGCUCCAGCCAUCAGCAAGGGUUCUGAGCCUGCAGCCACUGAGUGCUCUCUCUGCUCGGAAGGAAGCUGUCGGGAGAUGGUGCCUGACAGUGAUGGGAAUGGACCUCCUGUGGGCCAGCGGCAUCCAGUGAUGGCACCCGAUGACUUUGAGGCCAGGAACAGCUCUGCAGCCCCUACUCUUGUGUGUCAGGAUGUCAGUGGGUCAGUUCUUCAUUCCGUGGUAGCCGAGCCCAGAGGGAUGCCUGCAGCCCAGGAGUCUGUGCUUUCUGAAGAGACUGCUCCAGAGCACACUGUAGAUGAGGAUUCUGGGGCUCUCCGGGAGAGCAACAGUGUCUGUGAUACGCCAUCAUUAGGUGGAGGAGUUGAACUUAGAGAAUCGGGAACUGCAGAGGUGGGAGACCUCAGGGAGACAGACCAAACCCACCUCAGCGGCCAGCAGGCCAUUCCCAGCCAUGCCCUUCUUGCAGAGGCUGCAGCCGUUCCACUGCAUAGCAUUUUGCCUGCGAACACCUUGCCAGCUGCCUGUGUUUCCAAGAUUGUGCCAGAGCCAGUGCUUCAUCCUGGACCAGGUGGAUCACUGUGCACGAAUGGGGAUCCCAGGGUCGGAAGUGACGCUGGAGACAUAAGCCAGCUCCUCUCUAGUAUGGAGACACAUGGCCAGAGAGAGACAGAGACUGCGGCUGCCAUAGGGGAACCCCUGGCUUUUGAUAUUUCUGAUGUGUGCCAGGAAGUAUUGUCUCAGGGACAGGAGCAGAUUUUUAUUCGGACUUCCAAUGGGUUUAUUUUGUCCUAUCCAAGUACCAUAGUAUCUCAGGAAGAAGACAGUGUCAUAGUGACUAAUGCAACGGGUUCUGUCCUGAGGUUUGGCCCACCAGAAGGCGUUACUCUUGAAGCCAUGGAAGCCUUUCUCACUGUAGAGGCAGAGUGCUCUCAGUGAGCAAGAGCCAGGGGUGGGUGUGUGUGUGUGUGUGUGUGUGUGUGUGUGUGUG